UACAAGUUUGACAAAACCCUUUGUUAACUUUGACAUUUUCACAAAAGUUAGCUAAGUGAACUUUGUUUCCUUGACUAGUCGUAAUUCAACUUCCGGUCGUCACUCCGCUGACCAAUUAUUUUGAUGAUUCAACUUCUCACAGCGUUUUCUGUCUGCCUUUUAGUUCAUCUUGAUAGUUCUAGGUUAUUUUUCCCAUAUAAAAUGGCUACAGGAACGGAUCGUGCUGCUGGCUAUGGGAUGAUGUUAGUUAGUGCUGUAAUUUUUGUGUAUUACACGAUAUGGGUUGUCUUACUGCCAUUUGUGGAGAAAGGCCAUCCAAUUCAAAGAUUAUUUCUACCCAGAAUGUAUGCCGUCAUAAUUCCAGUCAUUGCUGGUGUGGUUUUGUUAGGAGUAAUAGGAGUAUUUGUUGCUGUGGUGAUGAUCAAGAGCAAGAAACCAACCCCAAAGAAAGAGAGUUAAAGAAGUUGUCUAGAAAAUGGAAUCUACUCUACACUUAGGAAAAAAAAUAUUGUUUAAAACAAGAAAAGGCUCACAAAUUGCUAGUGCACAUGGAAGAAGCUGUUGUGAAACCAACUCUAUAUAGAGUAGGGGUAUUUGGUUUUCAUACUCUUGGUAAAGAAGACCAAAUUUUGCUUUCAAGGUGCAUCUUGCAAAAGAGGCUUGUGUGGAGCUAACAUAUACAGCAAGAGUAAGAACAUAAGGACUACAGAGUUUAUUGUUUCAAAUGAACUGUUCAAGCAUUUUGUUGUGAAAAAAAGGAAGAAUAAAGAUGUUUGUAAUAUAAA